AUGGAGAAGUUGGCCAUCCUUCUGCUUCUGAGUGCUGCCAUUGCACUGGGCGACGCAAACCUGACCCAGCUGCUUGGUUUAGAACCCUUACUGAAGACUGAGGUGGAACAGACUCCUCCUGUCGGGGCUCAGGUAGCAGCAGUACAGCAGGGGACAAAGGAAAUGUCAUGUCCCUCAGACUGGCACCCAUAUGGAUCACGCUGUUUCAGGUUUGUCAGCAUUCCGCAGUCAUGGUCAGAUUCUGAGCAAAACUGUUUGGCACUUGGUGGAAACCUAGCAUCCGUGAAUAACCUUUUAGAGUACCAGUUCAUGCAAGCACUAACAAAGAAUACCAAUGGCCACUUACCUGAUACCUGGAUUGGAGGUUUUGAUGCAGUCAAGGAGGGCUUAUGGAUGUGGUCAGAUGGGUCCAGAUUUGACUACACUAACUGGAACAUUGGUGAGCCCAAUAACGCUGGAGAAGGAGAGGACUGUCUGCAGAUGAACGCUGCAAGUGAGAAGCUCUGGUUCGACGUGCCCUGGGUCAACAGUCUACUUCACCUCUCACCUCCAGGGGUCAACAGUCUACUUCACCUCUCACCUCCAGGGGUCAACAGUCUACACUUCAAUACUCAAACCAAGAUCUGUCACUCACUGCAGCUCACCAUUACCUAAACUUGUGAUGAAACUGUGUGAUGUUGCUAAUCCUGCUUUUGAAAUUAAAGAUAAAUGACUGAA